UAUCCAUUGUUACCAGAACUGUAAGCACCGGUUAAAUGCUUACGUGUGAUCCUCAGGUUAAAGUCGUAACCUACUUUUUUCUAGUGUUUUUUACAUCGAGGAAAACCCGUUGAUCAAUUUGUAAACCUUGCAUCAAGUGACCGGAGGAAUGUCAUUGUUUACAUUUUUAGACGAGGAGGAUGGGACAAAAGUCCCCUCAUUAACUCGGAUGGUAGUAUCAGAUCUGUAUUUGUCUUGGCCAGUGGUACAAACUCUAACGUGUGCUGCACUCGCGGCGAUUUUAAUCGUAAAAUUAUACAAUUUUCUCACUUGCCGUUAUUACACGGGAAUUGCAAAAAUGGACGGCAAGACUGUGAUUAUCACCGGCGGUAACGGCGGCAUCGGCAAAGAAACUGCCAGAGAAAUUGCCAAAAGAGGAGCGAGAGUUAUUUUGGCAUGUCGUAAUCUUGAAACGGCCAAAAAAGCCAGAGAUGAGAUUGUGCAAGAUUCGAACAACCAAAAUGUGAUCGUGAAAAAAUUGGAUUUGUCUUCGCAAAAGUCCAUCAGGGAAUUUGCGGAAGAGAUUACGAGGAGUGAGCCGAGGUUGGAUGUUUUGAUUCAUAACGCCGGAAUGGCAGCGAAUAAGAUACAGAUGACUGAAGAUAAUAUUGAAUUGACAAUGGCUACCAAUCAUUUCGGGCCAUUUCUUCUCACACAUCUUCUAAUCGACUUGUUAAAAAAAUCAGCCCCUUCUCGCGUCGUCGUCGUGGCUUCGGAGCUCUAUCGCAUCGUUUCACUCAACCUCAACAACGUGAAUCCCACGAGGUCGUGGUUCGUACCUCGCCUCUACUACGUAUCUAAGUAUGCCAACAUUUGCUUCACGAAAGAGCUGGCACGUCGCCUUGAAGGCACAGGUGUGACAGCCAACUGCCUUCACCCCGGAAUCGUAGAUACCGGCAUUUGGGAAAGUGCUCCGGUGCUCUUCCGCUGGCUUUUACGUCUCGUCAUCAAAGGUUUCUUCAAAACGCCGGUUCAAGGCUGUCAGACCAGCGUGUACGUGGCUUGCGCGGAGGAACUCCAAGAAGUCACGGGCAAAUACUUCGCCGAAUGCAAGGAGAAGGAAGUGACUCGGGGGGCCAGCGACGAAAACAAGGCGAAAAAAUUGUGGGAGAUUUCGGAACGCUUAGCUAAUCUGAGGCCCAGCGAUCCCAAAAUUUAAACUUGUAUUUGUUAUGGUGCAAUAAAUUGUAUUCUUGUUGAUUGA